CUUCUGUCGGUCAACUUACUUGAUAUAAAUUAAUUUUGAUAAGUUGUCGGGUUUUAAGUUUUACCCAUUGGUGUAUUUAAUGUUACUUAAAUCCGAAUGAUUUGAUACUUACAAUGGGCGGUCAAAAAUUCGAAUAUGACGAAAGUGGAUCUACAUUCUUUUAUUUUGUUUUAUCAUUUCUUGCAUUAAUAUUAGUACCAGCUACAUUUUAUUAUUGGCCUAAAAAACGAAAAGAAGAUCCUGCAAAAUUAGCCGAAAGAUGUCAGUGUCCAAAUUGUGUUAGCAAACAACUAAUCAUAGAACAAUCGCAGCCUUACAAAAGCGUGAAAAAUUUCUUUGUGAAACUUGCUAUAGUAUCUGGAUGGGUGCUACUUGGAUUUCUGGCAUACAAGGUCUCACAGUUUGAUUAUGAGAUGUCAAACUUUGAUCCGUAUGAAAUUUUGGGCCUACCUCCUGGUGCAACUCAGGCUGAAAUAAAGAAAUCAUAUCGUAAACAGUCUCUAGUUUUGCAUCCUGACAAAGAAACUGGUGACGAGAAGGCUUUCAUGAGGCUCACAAAGGCAUACCAGGCUCUUACAGAUGAUGAAGCGAGACGUAAUUGGGAAAAAUAUGGUAACCCUGAUGGACCUGGAGCAAUGAGCUUUGGCAUCGCUUUACCUAGUUGGAUUGUCGAAAAGGAGAACAGUGUUUGGGUAUUAGGCUUAUAUGCCUUAGUAUUUAUGGUUGCACUUCCAACAGCUGUUGGCACUUGGUGGUAUCGUUCAAUUAGAUUCUCUGGGGAACAAGUAUUGUUGGAUACAACACAAAUGUACUUUUAUUUUUGUCAUAAGACUCCUUCCAUGCCCCUUAAGAGAGCACUUAUGAUAUUAGCUGCUUCAUGUGAAUUUGAUAAAAGACACAAUUCUGAAAUUAUCGAGAGGAUUACUGACAAUGAAGAAGUCCCUAGUCUUCUUCGGGAGUUACCGAAUCUUGGCGAGAAAAACAAAGAGCAGCCUCUUUGUCGUCCUUACAGCAUCAAGGCUCGUGCGAUACUGCACGCUCACCUGUCCCGCAUGCGCCUUCCACCUACUACCCUGGAAGUCGAUCGUCGCUACAUAGUAUCCCGUUGCCCUGACCUCAUCGUAGAAUUGGUGAACUGCGUCAAUCAACUUAUUGCUCUCGCUUAUGCACGAAGAAUACCUCGUCUACCAACUAUCGAAACUAUCGAAAACUGCAUGAAGCUAUCCCCGAUGAUAGUCCAGGGUCUGUGGGAGUAUAAAUCGCCUUUACUCCAACUACCUUACAUAACCGAAGAUCAUCUCAAGUACUUUACGAAUCGCAAGAAACACAUCAAGUCCCUGUUACAAUUGGCACAGCUCCCUGGAGAAGAAAGACGACAGUUACUCCGGUUCCUGAAUGACAAACAAUACGAUGACCUCAUCAAAGUAUUGGGAAAUACUCCUUAUAUACAUUUCCAAGUAAAUACAGAAGUGAUUGACGAUGAAAAUUCAACAGUUGUGACUGCUGGUGCUAUAGUGACCGUCACAGUUUUCUUAAGGCGUACAAAUAUGAAGGAACUCUUUGGGGAUACUACUAUUAAAGAAAAAGAAAAUAUUAAGGAAGAAGAAGAAGGGGCAGGUGAAAACGCAGAAAAAGGGGAGAACGGUAAAACCGAGAAGAAGGAAACUUUCAAGAGGCCGGUGUGGAUGAAACAGGCUAAGAAACAAGCACCGAAAAAGGCUAAGAAGGCGGUCGCGAGCAAACAGCAGGCUAAACAGCAGGCGCAACCCGCCGCCCCCGCCGCCGCCGCCACCCCCGCCGCACCCGCGCCCCCCGCCGACGAGAAGAGCCAGAAGAAAGUUAAGGAACCAAAGAAAAAGGAUGAUGACGGCGAGGACUCUGACGUGGGUAGUUCGGACGAGCUGGGGUCGCACAGCUCGUCAGAGGACGAGUCCCGCGACAAGUCGACGGGCGGCGAUGAAGAUGACGACGACCAGUGGGAGAAGUUCCAGAAGAGACUGCAGAAACGGGAACGACUCGAGGGACGAUCGAAGAGCUCGCACCCGGUACACUGUCCGUACUUCCCGCAGGAGAAGCAGGAGUACUGGUGGUGCUACAUCUGCGACCGCAAGUCGCACACGCUGCUGACGGCGCCCGCGCACGUGACUGCGCUGGUGGACACGCACGAGUUGCAGCUGCGCUUCACGGCGCCGCGCUGGCCCGGCCUCUACACGCUCGCCUGCUGUCUGCGCUCCGAUUCGUACAUCGGUAUGGAUCAACAGCAAGACAUGAAGCUGGACGUUAAGGAGGCAGCCGCAGUGCCCGCCGAGCAUCCGCAGUGGGACCUGAGCGAUUCCGACACCGACAACAACGACCAGGGAGGCAACGAAAGUGAAUUUACAACAGAUGACGAGGUCGAGGAAGAUUAAACAUUGAAAAUUAAGUUAUUUUUAUAGAGUUUAUUACUGUCGGGUAAAUAAUUAA